AUGCCAUUGGUGUUUGUUUCAGAUCGGGAUUUAGCGCUUAUGAACGCCAUUGAAGCAUGUUUCCCUACAGCACGUCACAUCCUGUGUAUUUGGCACAUAAAUCAGUGCGUCAUGAAGAACUGCAGCCGUGUGCUUGGUCCGGAGUGGAAGCGCUUCAUCACGUCAUGGCACUCGCUUAUCAAUUCAUCUACACCUUCGUCUUUCGAACAAAAGUGGCAAGCCAUGUGCGACGAUUUUCGCCAGUUCCCGUAUGUCAUAACUUACCUAUGGCAAACAUGGUUAAGGUCAUACAAAGAGCGGUUUGUUUCAGCAUGGACAGAUACAUGUAUGCACCUCGGAAGCAAUUCAAGUCAAAGGACAGAGUCUGCACAUGCGAGGCUAAAGCUAUAUUUGGGGGAUACCAUGUCAUCGCUACAAACAUCUUUUGAUAAAAUAGAAAAUAUGUUGAAAAAUCAGUUCGGGGAAAUUAAGAAGUCGUUCGAGAAAUCAUUGAACAUUCCACGCCACAAACAAUUACAUGACGACAUUUUGAUCAGGUUGUCUAUGCACGCAACCGAGUUUAAUGAGAAAGGAACACGACCUGACAGGACAUCUCAGGUCGUUGAGAUAUUAGAUGGGAUGGAUCCACCUAUAGGUCAACCUGCACGUAGAGAUGAGCAAAGUACACGUCACAUACCUUUUUUCUCAGAAGCAUCUACUUCAGGAUCAAGGAUUCCAACAUCGCGAGUGAGAGGGAGAGGGAGACGUGGGAGGGGUUCGGGGGUUCGCAACACUCAAUUUAUAGUUCCACCCAUCCCUAAUCGCUCCAUUCAGCGAUUACCUCAAGCUUAUCAGCGUUAUAUUUCCCACACUGUUGACGUGCUUGGUGAUGGUCAUUGUGUAUUCAGAGCGAUAGCUGCACUAAUCGGGUAUAGUGAAAAUGAUUGGAGUCGAGUACGAGAGGAGCUUAUUGAAGAGAUUCGACAAAAUUGUUAUCUAUAUAGUGUGAUUUAUCCAGUACAUGAUUGGGCAAAGCAUCUACUAAUUUUACUGAAUUGGUUCGAGCCUACGGCACCAAAGGAAUAUUGGAUGGAGGCUAUGACUUUGGGAGUUGUCAUCGCAACAAGGUACAACCUUGUACUGCAUACAUUUGAUAAGGAUGUUUACGGUUGUUUUACUCAUUUGCCAUUGAGGUCCCCUCCAGUUCUAGUCAAAUACCGCCAGGAAAUUGCUAUUGCCCGUGUUAACAACAAUCACUUUAUGCAAGUUUUCUUAGACCUCAUUACCCUGUACCACCCAUCCCAACAUGGUGGGAGGAGAAUGCAUCGGACGAAGCUAAAAAGGAUGGGCUGCAAGUUAUGGAACACGUUUGCAAUUGUGGUACGAAAUAAUGGGUAUAAGCACGCCGGGAGCAGCAUUUGGAGGAGAUAUUGA